AUGUCAACAAUACAAUGGGAUAUAUCCAAAAUCACUUUCUAUGUUGUAGCAUGUUGGAUUCUUGCAGCCUUUGGAGGCCUUAUGUUUGGUUAUGAUAUUGGAAUUUCAGGUGGAGUGACGGCCAUGGAUGAUUUCUUGAUGAAAUUCUUUCCGGCUGUUCAUGAAAGGAAACUUCACGCCAAGGAAAACAAUUAUUGCAAAUACGAUGACCAAUCUCUCCAGCUCUUCACAUCUUCUUUGUACCUUGCUGCUCUUGUUGCAAGUUUUGGUGCAUCAAAGUCUUGCUCUCUACUUGGCCGGCAACCCACCAUUGUUAUGGCGGGGAGCUUUUUCUUGCUUGGAGCCGCCUUAAGUUGUGCGGCUUCACAGAAAUGGAUGCUCAUUCUUGGGAGGAUCCUUUUCGGCGUUGGAGUUGGAUUUGGCAAUGAGUCCGUUCCUCUCUUCCUGACCGAGAUUGCACCGGUCCAACACCGCGGCGCUGUCAACAUUCUCUUCCAACUCUUCGUAACAAUCGGUAUCCUCAUUGCCAAUAUGGUGAACUACGGCACAUCAAAACUACAUCCACAUGGAUGGAGGGUUUCUUUAGGUUUAGCAGGCGUUCCCGCCCUUUUCCUGUUCCUGGGCUCGCUGGUCAUCACCGAGUCACCGACGAGCCUGGUUGAGCGCGGCAAAGAGAAUAAAGGGAGAGAAGCACUGAAGAAGAUUAGGGGUGUGAGCGACGUAGAAGCCGAAUUUGAACAGAUCAAAAUGGCGUGUGAGCAAGCCAAACUAGUCAGGCAUCCAUUCAAGAAGCUGAUGAAGCGCUCGAGCAUGCCCCCGCUGAUCAUCGGCAUCAUGAUGCAAGUGUUCCAGCAGUUCACAGGGAUCAAUGCCAUAAUGUUCUACGCACCGGUUUUGUUCCAGACCGUCGGGUUCAAGAAUGACGCUUCGCUGUUGUCGGCGGUCAUCACCGGAACUGUGAAUGUGCUGAGCACUUUUGUCUCGAUCUAUGCUGUGGAUAGGGCUGGGAGGAGGAAACUGCUUCUCCAAGCUUGUGUCCAGAUGUUCAUUUGCCAGAUGACAAUAGGAGUGAUUCUAAUGGCUAAAUUGAAAACCACUGGUUCCCUCGACAAAGGAUUAGCAGCUGUGGUGGUGGUGCUGGUGUGUUUGUUUGUGAUGUGCUUUGCAUGGUCAUGGGGUCCUCUUGGCUGGUUGAUACCAAGUGAGACGUUCCCUCUGGAGACAAGGACAGCCGGCUUCGCGUUCGCGGUUAGCGCCAACAUGUUGUUCACUUUCAUCAUCGCUCAGGCCUUCUUGUCCAUGCUCUGCAACAUGCGUGCCGGCAUUUUCUUCUUCUUCUCUGCUUGGAUUUUGGCCAUGGGGUUGUUCGUGGUGUUCCUGUUACCGGAGACGAAGGGCGUGCCCAUUGAUGUCAUGGUCGAGAGGGUGUGGAAGCAGCAUCCUGUGUGGAAGAAGUUCAUGGAUACUUCAGAUAUAGAUUGCCAAAAGAUUAAGAAGCUGCCUUGUAAGAUGAGCAAAAAAAGCAUAUAAUCAGACAAAACAGGAUGAUCGUAGCAUUACUUACAUAACAAAUGCAAA